CGGCCACUGCUACUAGCGUAGCGGCAGCGCGCCGUGCCACACCGCAGCUGCCUCCAUCUCGCUGGGAUCCAGUUGAAUCGUCUAUCACUGCUGCUGCUGCUCCUACAUGCGUGGCCACCCAUCGCCGCCACGUUCAGUUGGACCAACGGUGCGUGGUCGACUGAUCCAGCGGCGGCCGGGCGACCGAGCAAUGGCGGGCGCGUGGCGAGAGCCAGAGCGGGACGCGGACGCCGCCAGCAAGGCGCGGGAGGUGUGCGCGGCGUCGGCGGCCUUCGCGUCCUGCCCGCACCGCCGCCGCCGCUCCCCGCGCAGGCCGCACUUCGUCGACUGGUACCUCGUCCUCGCCAUCGGCGAGGCCGCGGCGGAGGACGCCGUGAGGCGGCGGUACAGACAGCUCGCGCUGCAGCUGCACCCGGACAAGAACAGGCACCCCAAGGCAGAGGUCGCCUUCAAGAUCGUCUCUGAGGCGCACGCGUGCCUGACUGACAAGGCGAGCCGGAGGGCCUUCGACGUGGAGCGGCGCGCCAGCUUCUGCGCCGCGUGCCACGACCGCCACGUCAGGUCACUGUCGUCGCCGUCCCUCGCGUCCACAGCCAGCGCCACGACCGACAGGAGGACGGCCGCUGGGUCGGCGUGCGGCGCCAGCGCGCAGGUGGUGGCGGCGGCAGAACCGCGCGGCAGGAGGACGCCCGCCGCGCCGGCGCAGGCGCUGCGGGACGUGCAGAACCGGCUGCGGGAUGAGUGCCGGGUCAUCGACAGCUGCCUGCGUGCCAACAACGCCGCGGCCUGCGCGCGGCGGCGCCAGUCCUUCCCGCUCUUCGACCCGUCCGACCGGCGAUGCUUUCCGGACUACCCGCACGUCCGUCCGCCGCUGUCACCGUUCGGCAAUGCGGAGUUCUGCCGGUUUGAGGACCUUCUUGUCCGCGUGGAUCACAAGCAGAAUCAGAGGUGGUGCAGAAGCGGAGGCGAGUCACCAUUGUACCAGGUCAGGACGGCGCCAGCAGAGCGCACCGUAGGAACUAAUCGCUCCUGGUGAACUCAACAAAUAUCAGGAUAAGGGCAGAUUUAGUUUCCUUCUUUUCCAUCUCGAAAAAUAC